AAAAAGUCAGUGCCGCCAGACCAUAGGAAUGGUCGCAAGCAUCAAAAGGCUGAAAGGGAAUUGCGUCUUUCCUGCGGCCGUUUUGACAGGCCCAAUAGUGGGAAAUGCGCUGGGGAGGGUGAACCCCAGAGCAGAGUAGAGGAGUUGAAUACCCCAAAUCAAGUCAUACUUGAAUCUGAGGAUGUCUGCUCCAGAGCAGAUGGCACCAUUUACUGGAUUGCCGAUUUGACCCAGCAGCCCAGUGAAAUUCGAGCCCAGAAUCAACUAGACCCAGGUUCGAAUGUGUUCGCCUCUUCACCGAGUACUACCUUAGAUGCUGAAGAGACAGUCGUGAGCAAGGAGGCGUAA